GUUGCCCGGGAAACGCGGGCCUAGGGCGGAAGCUUGGAGCUCAACGGGCCCAAGCCGAGGAAACGGCUCGCCUCCUGUGUCUCGUCGGGGCGGUCGGAGGAGGAGGAGGAGGAGGAGGAUCGGAGCCAGGCCGGGAUGGCGGUGCAGGCGGCGCACUUGGAGGCCGACGCCUUCCUGGUGUGCUUAAACCACGCGCUGAGCACCGAGAAGGAGGAAGUCAUGGGGCUCUGCAUCGGGGAGGUUGAUACAAGCCGAAUUGUUCACAUUCACUCAGUGAUCAUUCUGCGCAGGUCAGAUAAAAGAAAAGACCGUGUGGAGAUUUCUCCUGAGCAGCUCUCAGCUGCUUCAACAGAAGCAGAGAGAUUGGCUGAAUUAACAGGACGCCCCAUGAGAGUUGUAGGCUGGUAUCACUCUCAUCCUCACAUAACAGUGUGGCCAUCACAUGUAGAUGUGCGCACACAAGCAAUGUAUCAGAUGAUGGACCAAGGCUUUGUGGGGCUUAUCUUCUCUUGUUUCAUUGAAGAUAAAAACACAAAGACGGGCCGGGUCCUGUACACCUGUUUCCAGUCCAUUCAAGCCCAGAAGAGCUCUGAGUAUGAAAGGAUUGAAAUCCCCAUCCACGUCGUCCCUCACAAUACCAUUGGGAAAGUUUGCCUCGAAUCGGCUGUGGAACUGCCGAAAAUCUUGUGCCAGGAGGAGCAGGAUGCGUAUAGGAAAAUCCACAGCCUCACCCACCUGGAUUCUAUAACCAAGAUUCACAAUGGCUCAGUCUUCACGAAGAACCUCUGCAGCCAGAUGUCUGCCAUCAGUGGGCCUCUGCUGCAGUGGCUGGAGGACCGUUUGGAGCAGAACAAACAACGGAUGCACGAACUGCAGAGGGAGAAAGAGGAGCUCUUGGAGGAACUGGCUGCCUUGGAGUGAAGGAAGCCGAGGCUUCCGAGCUGGGUCCGGCCCCAUCCUGCCUUGCUGCUCUUUUUCUCCACUUUUUCCAUCUUGCAGCCAUGACUGCUUAGAGAAGGCCAAGGCCACCUCUGCUAAAUGGCAUUUCAGGGCGGCCGAGGAUUCCUUCGAACAGAACAGCAGAUACCGCAGAAGAAGAAAAGAACGUUUUUACACGGUGGACUUCAUUUUUUUUUUUUCUUUAACACAACAGAUCCUGAAGUCGUCAAGGUCAGAUAACAUGAGCACAACAGUCCUUCCUGCAUUUAGUAGCAACCGAUUCUUAAUUUAUCUCGGGAUGCACGGUUCUGGUGGGUCUUCAGAGAUAACGCGCCUCAUUUCCUUUGCCUCAUUCUCGCUCCUGUCACGUUUCUGACUGCCGAAGAAGGAUUUUGCAUGCCUUUCUCUUUUCGAAUGGAAUAAAGUCAAAUGAUUUCGAUUC